AUGAGCCUUUCAGUCGACGAUCUUGUUUCCUCUCUAUCCUCCAGCCACAUUGGCCAGGAGGCAUUAGAUCUUGCUGCAUUACAGGCGCAACUAGCCCAAACGCUAUUCCCGCAGCCAAUUGCCUCGUCAAGCGAUUCCUCUCUAGAUUCCUUCCACCAGCCUUGUAACACUCCUACUGGACGUACACCAUCAUCGAGCUUUAGCUGGGGCCAACUUAUAGACGUCCAACAGCACCUUUCACGUCGGGAUGAGAUGAUAGAUGAUGCCGAAGACGAACGAAUGGUAGAGGACAUUCUAAUGCCUUCUUCACCAACCUCUGCUGGAUACUCGUCUGCGCAGUAUGCGGUGCAACAACAGAUGAACAGCCCUUUCCAAAAAUCACAUAACCGAAACCCCCACAAUCGAUCCACUUCCUCUUUUCCUUCUUCCCCGAGUUCUAGUUCCGUUUCGGAACCAUCAUCCUUUACAUCAACAGAUCCGUUCUAUCUCGCACAGCUACAAGCAAUGCAGAGUCACAAUGCCCCUUCUCCAUCUGCCAUGUCACAACUUGGAAUGCCUGCACAGCACUCGCCAUUCACGCAGCAGCAACAGACUCGAAGAGAAAACUUCAAUUUUUCGCCGGCUUCUAUUUCCUUGGAUACUCACAACCUCUUUGCGGUGACCUCAGUUGCAUUCGAGUGCUAA